GUCUUCCCCCACGUGUCGAGAAGCCAAGUUGCCACCCUCCUCCCUGUUUCUUCUUAUAAGGAUAACACAACAAUUCUACGACACAACACUGAGAAAUACAAAGAGCUCGCAACUCGAACAAGAAAUCGAAGAUAUUACCAGAAGAAAAGUAGACGAUAAAUUUUAUAUCAAUGGCAGGAGCGAUGUCGAAUUUGAUGACGAAAAUGUCGUUUCUCAACGUCUCAAAGGCUUUCCCUCAACCCUCUUUCCGUCCUAAAGUCUCCAGAGUUUGCUUCACUUCCGCCUCCAAAUACUCUCAGGGACGAAGUGGAGAUACUAGUGAGGAUACGAGCGAUUCAGACAGGGAGUUUGAUGAGCUAGCACAGAAAACUCGUGAGAACGUGAAAUCAGGCAUGGACAAGACAAAAAACAAAGCUCAAGAAGUGAAGGAGAAGACCAAAGACCAAGCUUACGACAUGAAGGAAGCCACGAAAGAGACCGCAAACAAGAUGACCGAGAAAGCGAAAGAAGGAGCUGACCGAGCAGCCGACACAGCCAAGAGUGCCAAAGACAAGACCAAGGACCAAGCUUACAACGUGAAGGAGAAGACAAAGGAGGCGGCCGAAACGGUGUCGGAUAAGGCAGCGAAGACGGCCCGAGACGCGACGGAGACGACGAAGGACGCGGCGGACACGGUGGCCGAUAUGACUAAGAAGACGGUGGGAGGCAUGUGGGAGGCGGCGAAGGAUACUACACAGAAGAUUAAGGAGACGGUGGUGGGAAAAGAUGAUAAGGAUGAUUAUGUUGAGGAUCAUAUUCCUAAGACUAUGGAUGAGGAUGUUGUGGAGCAAAGGAGGAAGGCUGGUGAGAAGAAUUAUUUGAUAAAAUUUCUCUCCCUGAUCAAGAAAUUAAACAAGACUUCCACGAAAUCGAGUUCUCCGAGAGGGAAAAAAUUGCAUAUACCGGGAGCAAUGUCAAAAAUCACUCAAAGUUCUUUAGCCAGCUUGUCAAAAGCUAUUUCUCAAGCCCCUUCACUGUAUUCCCGUUUCAACGUAUCGAAGCUCGGAUUCAUUUCAGCCUCCAACUACUCUCAGCUGCAGGAUGUACAUGGAGACUUUACUGACGCGGAUGAUGAACUCGGUGCACUAACACAAAAAUCUAAAGAAAACGUGGAGGAUUUAAUGGAUACAGGACAUGAAAUGAAGGAAGAAAUAAAAAACGAAGCAUAUGACAUGAAAGACACUGCUAAGGAGGCUGCUGGCACGGCGAAAGAUAAGGCUGAAGAGGCUGCCGAGAAAAUGAAGGAGAAGGCGGGGAUGGGGGGAGCGGAUGAUGAGAGCUCUGAGCAGACUCUGGGGGAGAAGGCGAGGCAAACAGUGGAGGAAAUGUGGGUGGUUGCCAAGGAUACUAAACACAAGAUUAAGGAGAGUGUGGUGGGAAAGUCUGGUAAGGAUGACCAUUUUGUUGGAGAUGAUGUUCCUGAGAGGAAAGUGUAUGAAGAUUUUUUGGAGUCUGCUAGGAAGGUUGGGAAUCUGGAUCAUGAGAAAAAGGAAUAGGAAGGUAGUUCAUGGGCUUCAUGGCUAUUCAUUAGGUUUUGUGUUUAGGUUGUUUGUGUUGUCUUCAUUUGUAUUUCUGUAAUAAUGUGG